GGGUUAGUGUUUCCGGGUUGCAGCUGGGUUAUCCUCCGCGGCCGUACUCGCGAAACUAAAGCUCGAAGGUCUCAGCCUGGGCAGCAUGGCCGGAUUCCGGUCGGGCCUCCUGGUGUUGACGACGCCGCUGGCCACCCUGGCCCCUCGUCUGGCCCCAAUCCUGACCGCGGCCGCCCGGCUGGUGAAUCACACGCUUUAUGUACACCUGCAGCCGGGCAUGAGCCUGGAAGGCUCAGCUCAGCCCCAGUCCAGCCUCGUGCAGGCCACAUUUGAGGUUCUCGAUUUCAUCACGCACCUCUACGCUGGUGCCAACGUCCACAGGCACUUGGACGUCAGAAUCCUGCUGACCAAUAUCCGAGCCAAGAGUGCCUUUGUCCCUCCCCUGCCCAGCUCCGUCCAAAACCUGGCUCACCCGCCGGAAGUGGUGCUGACUGACUUCCAGACCCUGGAUGGAAGCCAGUACAACCCGGUCAAGCAACAGCUAGAGCGUUAUGCCACCAGCUGUUACAGCUGUUGUCCACAACUGGCCUCAGUGCUGCUAUACCCCGAUUGUGGGCCUGGAGAGCUGCCCGUGGAGCCCCUGGAUGUCCCCUUACCCUCCGCCAUCAGGCCAGGCUCCCCUGUGGCCAGAUCUCCAAAACAGCCAGUGCGUGGCUACCACCGUGGGGCUGUGGGUGGCACGUUUGACCGCCUGCACAAUGCCCACAAGGUGUUGCUCAGUGUCGCGUGCAUCCUGGCCCAGGAGCAGCUUGUAGUGGGAGUAGCAGACAAAGACCUGUUGAAGAGCAAGUUGCUCCCUGAGCUGCUCCAACCCUAUGCAGAACGUGUGGAACAUCUGAGUGAGUUCCUGGUGGACAUCAAGCCGUCCUUGACUUUUGAUAUCAUCCCCCUGCUGGACCCCUAUGGGCCCGCUGGCUCUGACCCCUCCCUGGAGUUCCUGGUGGUCAGCGAGGAGACCUAUCGUGGGGGGAUGGCCGUCAACCGCUUCCGCCUUGAGAAUGACCUGAAGGAGCUUGCCUUACACCAGAUCCAGCUGCUCAAGGACCCAAGCCACAAGGAGAAUGAAGAGGACAAAGUCAGCUCCUCCAGCUUCCGCCAGCGAAUGCUAGGAAGCCUGCUUCGGCCUCCACACAAGAGGCCAGAGCUCCCCCUAAAUCUCUACGUGAUUGGUCUGACGGGCAUCAGUGGCUCCGGGAAGAGCUCAGUUGCUCAGCGACUUAAGAGCCUGGGGGCAUUUGUCAUUGACAGUGACCACCUGGGCCACCGGGCCUAUGCCCCAGGCGGUCCUGCCUAUCAGCCAGUUGUGGAAGCCUUUGGAACAGAUAUUCUUCAUAAAGACGGCAUUAUCAACAGGAAGGUCCUAGGCAGCCGGGUGUUUGGGAACAAGAAGCAGCUGAAGAUACUCACAGAUAUUAUGUGGCCAGUUAUUGCAAAGCUGGCUCGAGAGGAGAUGGAUCAGGCUGUGGCUAAGGGAAAGCAUGUGUGCGUGAUUGAUGCUGCCAUGCUACUUGAAGCCGGCUGGCAGAACAUGGUGCAUGAGGUGUGGACUGUUGUCAUCCCUGAGACUGAGGCUGUGCAACGCAUCGUGGAGAGGGAUGGCCUGAGUGAGGCUGCGGCUCAAAGUCGAUUACAGAGCCAGAUGAGUGGACAGCAGCUUGUAGACCAGAGCCACGUGGUGCUGAGCACUUUGUGGGAGCCACAUAUUACUCAGCGCCAGGUGGAGAAAGCCUGGGCCCUCCUGCAGAAGCGCAUUCCCAAAGCAUUAUCAGACCCAUGACUGACAAUGACUUUUCUCUGGGGCCAGACUGGCUUCUAGAGCUGACAGAUCCAGUGGUGAGGAGGAUUGUGGGCCUUUUGCUCAUCCUAGUGUGGGCCUAGAGGUCUCUGAGCUAAACUGGGCAGGACAGCGCUGGGGCUGGUGGACACAGGAAACCUACCCAGCUUGCUGGUGUUUGGCCAACACAGAGGAUGUGGCCCAUGGGGGAGCAGGCCCCUUUGGCUCCCGUCCACACCCUUGCCCACAGGUGCCUGUGAUACCUAUGGCUGACUGGGGCCAGGGCAACACCAGAACUUGUAACAGAAUUAAAGGUGAAUGUUUCCAGGUG